GGGGGAUGCUGCGGAUCAGAUCUUGGAGGAUGCUGUGGAUCAGAGUUUGGGGGAUGCUGUGGGUGAUGCUCCAGCUCAGCAGUCCGAGCCAGGGCAAGGUCCUCAUCCUCAGCGCCUCCAGGGCUCUGCUGUACACGUGUUGAAAUGAGUGUUGAGAUUUCUCUUCGCUCCAGCUGAGCAACACAAGGUCCCCGCUGACCUGAGCUCAGCUGGCCUUAAAGCUGAUUUUGAUGCUACGUGGUUGCUAACCUUGGUGUGGAGCAAGCUACACCAUGUCAACUGUAUUUUUGUUGUAUUUGAAACGCCGUUCUGGAAAAUGAAGAAUAAUCUCUCCGUAUCGGUCCGUUCUCUCCUUAGGUGGGCUGCAGCCCCCCCUGCCCACACUCCCAGCUCCAGGCCCCAGCUGUCCCCACUGGCACCGGACCCUCGCUCCCUCUCUGCCUCCUCUUCCAGUGACGUUCCACGUUCCCUUCGUUUUCUUUUUGCAUCUUUGUUGUGUGGCAGGACCAGUAAUAACAGUUAAUAAUUAGCAGUUCAAUAGCACUCUUCACCUUCGGAGCAAUUUUAGGCAUUAAAUCACUGCAGCUCUGCUGGCAAUAUUACAAUAUUGACUUGUUACUUCACCAGUGUCACCGAGGCAGCAAAAGCUGCAUUUUUAUGGAGGCCAAAAUGGGGUCAUUUUUUUUUUUUUUUUUUUAGAGCACAAAAUUGGCAAAAAAUAAUUUUUUCUCCUAGGCUGACACUUUGUUUGCCAAAUUUCAGCAUAGAGCCAAUUUUUAAAGCUGAGUAAUAAACACCUGAAAAGUUCUGGUUUAUAAUGGCAGUGCUGAAAAGCCAUUAAAUGAAUGGCUCCGCUAUAACACAAGAAAACCCUCUUAAACUGCUGAAAACCCUAUAAAAGCUGGACGGAGCCUUAGCGAACGCAGCCUCGCCUUUGGGCCCAGUGCUUAGAGGUACGAAGUGAAUCUUGAGGGGAUCUUGCUGGGACUGAAUGGCAGAUGAUGAGGGGCAUCUCUUCUACUGUACCGCAUGGCAAUGGCUCUUUCCCUGCUAAGCGGUAGAGCAAGGCUGGGAGCUGUGGUUUUGUUCCCAACCUACCUGAGCAUCUCGCCACAGAUGCUCCAUCGGGACAGUGGUGGGGAAGGUGGGACAGAGUGGCAGGGAGCAGGUGGAUGCCAGGUGGGGAGGAUGGGGAUGAGGUUCGCUGGCACACGUGUGUGCACAUGGCACGUCCCCACGAGCAUCCUGUGUGCAUACAGCUGAGAGCGCGGUACCAAACCCGCAUCCUUAGGGUGGCACCCAGCUCUGGGCCUGCCCUCCUGCCAGCUCAGCUCUGCCAUGGAGAGCUGCCUGGUAAGACAGCACAUUGACCAGCGAAAGAAAUGGGUAAAUGAAGGGAACAGCUAUUAACGUGCCGAGCCAGUGUGUGAUUAUACCGUAGGACUUUUCCAAACUAAUACAUGUUAAAGGUGUAAACCUAUUAAAGAAGAGAUUUUUCUGUACGGGGAACUUAUGUAGAUAGAAGGAUUUACACUGUAUUUUAUUCUUGUAUUAUAAGGUAUAAGGAACAUUUGAGCAAAUCCAGUCAUUCCUAUUAUUACGUUUUUCAUACCGUUUUAUGUGGUUCUUCAAAAAUUUUGGCACUGAUUCCCUUUAUUUUGUUAGGAAUUUUCUUUUAAAAACAGAACUGUUUUUCUCAAAUAGUUAAUUAGAGUUUGAACUUCACAUACAGUACUUUUUCCUCCCAAGAUUGAGGGUGUUAGAUCCAUUGUGCUGGCCAAAUUACAGUUUGGAUAGUUACAUUCUCUCUGCUUAAUCACCCUGCAGUUCCAUUGGAGUGAAGGAUUUGGUGCCUCAGGUGUCCUGCAUUCCUUCAAGCCCCAUGUGGCCAAAUCACUGCCACGAGGCACUGCAGACACAGCUGCAUUCGGUGACAGAGCAUUGCUGUCCCCUUACCGAGUGUAAAUAGCACAGUUUUGCUCCUGGAGAUGGAUUUUUGGGGCACGCACUGCCUCUCAGCCUCAUCCUUUUUGUGACGAGGGGGAAAGGGAUUGUGGCAGCAGAUCGGAGCAGGAAGUGGCUGUGAGUCAUAGCCCUGUGCCUGCAAACAGCAGCCCCCUCCGCCCUGAGGAGGGAGGGUAGGGCAGGGGAGGAUGAUGCCCUUGAAACCAGGACCCAUUUAUUUGGAUAUGGGCAAGGUUCAUGGCAUUGCAGGGCACUGUAGGGAGCAUCUGGGUCAUUUGCCAGUCCCAUAGGGUAACGAGGAGUCAUCUCAAGGGGCUUCUUCCUUGCCAGACGUGCAAGUCAGGCUGCACUGCUGGCCUUGCUGUUUUGGAGGCGCGGUGGUGGAACAUGAGGGCAGCCCUCACUCUGCCACCAGGUCCCAGCACCUGUCUGACCCUGAGGGCUGGUGGCUGAACACCUCUGCAGGAAGUAACUCAAGUUGUCGUGUUGCUUCUGCAAAGUUCACUUUUUAAGGAAAAGAUGAGCAAAAGCCCUUAUCUCCCUUCUAAAAAAACAUGUAAGAAGUAUCUUUCAGUGAUGGAGGAAAACUCAAACUAUGAGCCAGCUAAAUAUACUGUAUCAGGAAACCUCAGGGACCACUGAAACAAGAACAGUGGCCCAUUACUGUUAAGGAGGUGUUUUAUUGAAAAUAUACCGGCAUCCUUUCCCAACAGAGGGAGUGAAAAACGGCAAAGUGCCCAAUGGUAAUGCUGCUUGUUCCCACCAACGAGCCCCAGUGUACAGCUUGGCACUCCUGGGCGGUGUGUGAGUAAGCUGUGCGAUGGACUGACAGCCGUUUUUACACGAAGGGGCCCAUAUUGCAUCAGAUCUAUUUUAACUUAAAUCUGCGGUGAUAGAGGUGUGGGUGCAGGUGUGUGUACACGCCUUGCUGUGCAAGCAGGCAUGGGUUUUCAGAAGGGUGUAUUUUAGAAGGGUGACUUUUAGAAGGCUGUUGUGUGGAAGGGUGACUUCUAGGAGGUUGUUUUUGAGAAAGAUGUUCUCACGUGGGGGGCUGUCAGGUGAGAUGAAGGAGAGUUGCACCCCAUGGCCGUGGGAGGGAGGUGGCCAGGAGAGGCAGUGCCCUGUCACUGUGCCUGCCACCCCGUGUCUGCCCCAUAGCAGGCACGGGAUCUGCUUGGUGUGGCUGGUUGUUCAGGAGUUAAUACUUUGCAGGCACAUGUGUGUGAUUGACGUUUGUUUUGUUGAUGUUGCGUUCUGUUUCUUUUCUUACCAUGGCAACUUUAACAUCAUGACAAAACACCUACUCUUCCUCUUGGAGCCAUAGCUGUUGUCAUGCCCAGUAGGUUAUUUUGGUAUACAGUGGUUGAUCUCUUAAGGCAGAGGUGUUGCCAUCUCCUCCCAGAUAUCACCUCCAGUAUUUCCUCUCAUCAGAAGGAAUCUGUGGCUCUCUCUGUGUGAGCCCCGUGUUUCGACCCAGGGCAAAAAACAGAGUUUUAAUGGAAACUGCGGCAUUUCCUCCGCUGUACGUGACAUAAAUGCUAUCUCACAUAAUUAGGGAAAGUAACAGAGAACAGUUAGCGGUGAUUGCCUUUCAAUAUAUUGUGUACUUUGGGGCAGAAAAAUAAUUUAUGAAUAAUGCCCAUGCAUACUCGGAACAAUUUGCACGCUGUGCUGUGAGUGAUGCAGGCCUGCUGGUAGGAGAGCUUGCUAAUAAAUUUUACUUUGUGGCGGAAACAAGAGAUUACAGUUUAUUAGGAAAGGAGAUGGCAAUUUAUUAAGAUCAAUCAAAUACGAACGCAGAGCAAAAGAUGUUGCUGUUCUUAUUUAUUUAUUUAUCUCAAAGCACAAAGAGGUGCAGCUCUAUACAGUGUGUUGUUUACCUGUGGUGUUUGAUUCAUUAUUAAUAUUUUUAUGUUUAGAGGGAACCAUAAUUUUGCUGAAAUGUCUUCCAUAACUCCUGCACAAUCAUAUUCAUAACUCACCUGAAUGUUGACACAUCCUGCUGUGUAUAUAUAAAUUAACUGGUAACACUGGCAUUAUAAAAUGAUGCAUUAAAUGAAGAUGUGAAUGGUAAUUUAAAGCAUGCCAUGAAGUGAAAUUUAAGCCAUUGUACAACGAUGAGGGGAUUUAAAGAGCCUUUUUCAUGCAGAAUUUGCAGGGCAAUAAGGAAAAUGACAGUUUCUCAUGCAAAAAGAAGAAGCGCAACAGGGACACAAACAUUACUGAAAUGUUAAUUGCUUUGGUGCUCUGUUUUAGUAGAGACACCAUCAGCCUAAAAGUCACUAUUCUGCUUGAAUAUAUUUUACCACAAGAAAUAUUUUGCCGUGAGAGUAUUAGCUAAGAUUAUUAAAAAUGGCCAAAGAUGUUUACUUUGUACUUUUUCUCAGUGCUUUGUGGAUAGUAAGUUUCACUGUUUCCUGUUUAGUCAGUUGUUUUCCCCAUUUGUUUUCAUGGGUCUUUCAAACAGCAGCAAGGGAAAAUGCAGCCGUCUCAAAACAGGAAAAUGUGAUUUAACCCCACAAAAAUGGGCCUGGGGAUCCAGGAGUGGGAAUAGUAUCCGAAAUGCCCUUUUCCCUUGUAACUGCCAACAGCAGCUUGCUCUCAGUCUGACCUCCCUUCCCCGCCCCGUGUUCUCGGCUUCCACGUGGACUGAUGCCUGCAGAGGUCUGUGGGUGAGGUGUGCAGGGAAAGCAGCAGCAGAACAAAACCAUUUCUUCCGCCGUGUUCAUCUUUUCACGUCCGUAACCUACUUCUCUGGCUCAGCCCUUGGAGCUUGGUAUCUGUGCUGUACUCCAGUGAUUUUUUUUCCCUAGGUGUUGAUACUGCCACUCAGUGCCUAUCGGAUCUUGUGGGCACAGAGAGCCAAAUAGCCACCUUGUCUGCCACGCUCCUUCCCUGUUAUUUUUAAUUUGCUAUUUUAUGUCUUCUGCUUCGGACAUCCUUGUCAGAUCUGGUUGUCUCUGUCUGUGAUGACUCUCCAUAAUUGAGUGGAAUUAAAGUGGGAGUUUAUGGUUCUUCUUGGUCUUUUAAAAUAUUUGCUGGCUUAGAAAUGCAUUAUAUUUCAUAGUGACCUUACUUAGCAAGUGCUACCAUCUCCGUUACUGAGGGAAUAGACCAAAGUUUUUAGCUCUCAGCAGAUGUUGGCUGAGCUUGCAGGUAUGAAGCUUUUAUCUGAAAGGGCAUAAAAUGCUUUAAAAAAUACUGCUUGCAGGCUGUGUGGGCAGCGCUUAGUGCUUAGGCAGCACCUUUCAUUUCCCAAAUGUUUGGCAAAUGCUGGUCUAGGGAAGACCCUGGAAUGAGCAGUAUUGCCAUCCCUGUUUGGCAGGUGAGGAGGCUUUGAGGUGAGGGCUUUGAAAUGGCAGGUGUGAAAUGGAAGGGGUGCUGCAAGCAGCUCCCAGGAAGCGGGGCCUGCGGGAUGGAGUGGGGCCUGCGGGACUGAGCAAGGCCUGUGGGACGGAGUGGGGCCUGCGGGACGGAGUGGGGCCUGUGGGACUGAGCAAGGCCUGCGGGAUGGAGCAAGGCCUGCAGGACAGAAUGGUGGUACCCAAAAGCAAUCGCCGCUGGGAGGGUGGGCCCGGCCUGGGAGUGCUGCUGAUGCCGAAGCCAGGCCGCAGCCGGGCUGGCCAGCUGGCAGUGUUGUGCAUGUGUCUCCAGGUCACGCUCUGUAUUGCCCGUGCAGGGAGAGGAAGGCUUCAGGCAGGGUUGUGAGCCUUGCAGCAUCUCUUUUUCGUUAAAGAAGCCCCAACACAGAGCUUCUUCCCAAACGAAAGCUGUGGAGCACACUGUGACCACAGCCUGCAGGGACCGGGGGGCACCGCCAGCCCUCUCAAUGCAUGUUAACAUGGCUCCCAUUCCUCUGUCACCCUGUGAGCAGUGGGCGAUGCUGCUGCAGGGGUGCUCCUGGCAUCCACCCUGGGCAGCAGGAUAUGGUCUGCGGGAGAAACUGCUGGGAGGUUUAAGCCUGUGCAUUCCAUGAUGUGUUCCUCAACAGGGUAGGAGUUUCUGGGGAUCAUUUUGAAGUCCAGGACAGGAGGGAUUCUCUUCAGCGCAAGCAAUAAUGAUUAUGUGCUCGUGGCAUGCACUGCCAGUUUAUAUUGCUAUUAACUGCCCGGUGUGCUGGACGUGUGCGUGACAUUUUGCUGGCUGUGCAGCUGUGUACUGCCCACAGAUAUGUGCUGCUCCCAUGCCCCCACGCGCUGACCUGCAGUGUGUGUGCCCCUUUAAGAGGCCGUCGCUCUCUGAUUCAUGUAGGCUGCUGCUGGCAGAUUUAGGGUCUUGCAAAAGAUGCCCUUAGUCCCUUAUUAAAUAUUCAUAAGAGGGUGGGGUCACAUUUUUGUGACCUGAAAAAAAUCCCAUUAAUAAAUUUGUUAUCUGACACAAAAACACUUUAGGGUGGAAAGCAAUCCGUAUCACAUCCCAUUUACCAUCAGAUCACAAGUUGUCAGUAAAUUGCGUCCUUUGUCUUUGCUUCUUGUGAGGUUCUUUAGCAGCAUAGCUAAUGGGGCUAUUGUCUAUCAGCCCCUGACUCCUGCACAUAAAGUGCAUGCUGCCUGGGGACCACGGCCGUGCGGCUGCUGGCAUUCGGCUACGUGCGCAUGCAGCGUCUGCAUCAGCCGUGUGCUCAGAGGCUGUGUGAAAUACGAGAUAAAAUUGAAAUAGUGGGGAAGGUUUGACCAAACAAUGCAGCCUGAGGCACAUAGCUAUAGGGCAGGAGAAAAUCGGUGACGGGGUGGACAGCAGUCCCUGGGCUGGAAAUGGCAUGAGGACAGGUUCUGUGUCUGCACUGAGAUCUGGGGGGAGGGGAGAGGGGGGGUGAUGCGAGAAAAGUAUUGCUUUGAGCUGUCAAGCAGAGGAAAGCUUGCUGCGUGGCAAACGAGGCACCCCGUACCCAAACCUCCCCCAAGUGUGGCAAUGACGCGGCUGCUGCUGAGUGCUGUGCCCUGGUCUGAGCAUCCCAGUGCCCGGCAGGGCUUUGUUAAGGGAGAUGAUGGGAGAAGAUGCUCUGGGCAUCCCAGCUCCCUGGUAUGGGUUCUCUGCUGCUUUGCUGGGGCUGAAGGGAAGGUGUUCCUGUUUGCAGGCCAGGUGUAUCAGCUGGACUUGGUGCAAGCUCCUGCUGGAGGCUCCUUAUAGUAGCGUGUUUUGUAUUAAAGCCCUGCCGUGGUUCUUCAUUUUGUGGCAUUAAAGUCGUGCAGCAGAACUGCUGGGAGAGUCACAGCCACUUUUCGAGAGAAAGUUAGGUGGAAGGAGAGCUGCUCCUCUAGCGCAUCGUGUUUGCAGUGCCUGCUCGGAGCACUGCGCUAGCUGCCACUUCCCCCCUCCCCCCCCCCGCGUUGCUGGCACCCACGCCCCCACAAAAUAGCUUUAUUUAGGGGGGGCCGGGGGAGCCGCUUUUAAACACGUCCCGGCGCAGCGUGGCGGCUCCCCGCGGGCCGGGCCGGGCAGCAGCGCCGCCAGUACCGUCGGCAGCGGCACAGCCGGCAGCAGGUUCCCGUGUCGGUGGCUAUGAUGACACCUCAAGUGAUCACUCCCCAGCAAAUGCAGCAGAUCCUCCAGCAACAAGUGCUAACUCCCCAGCAACUCCAAGUCCUGCUCCAGCAGCAGCAGGCACUCAUGCUUCAACAGCAGCAGCUUCAAGAGUUUUAUAAGAAACAACAGGAACAGUUGCAGCUUCAACUUUUACAGCAACAACAUGCUGGAAAACAGCCUAAAGAGCCCCAGCAACAGCAGGUGGCUACGCAGCAGUUGGCCUUUCAGCAGCAACUCUUACAGAUGCAGCAGUUGCAACAGCAGCACCUCCUGACUUUGCAGCGUCAAGGGCUGCUAACAAUCCAGCCUGGCCAGCCUACUCUGCCUUUGCAGCCCCUUGCACAAGGCAUGAUUCCAACAGAACUGCAGCAGCUCUGGAAGGAAGUGACAAGCUCGCACACAGCCGAGGAGGCAGCCAGCAACAACCACAGCAGCCUCGACCUGUCCACCACCUGCAUUUCCUCGUCCGCACCGUCUAAGACCUCCUUAAUAAUAAACCCACACGCGUCGACCAACGGACAGCUAUCGGUUCACACUCCUAAAAGGGAGAGCUUAUCCCACGAGGAGCACACACACAGCCAUCCGCUCUAUGGACACGGCGUAUGCAAAUGGCCAGGCUGUGAAGCAGUAUGUGAAGACUUCCAGUCGUUUCUAAAACAUCUCAACAGUGAGCAUGCGCUGGAUGAUAGAAGUACAGCCCAAUGUAGAGUACAAAUGCAGGUUGUACAGCAGUUAGAGCUACAGCUUGCAAAAGAUAAAGAGCGCCUGCAAGCCAUGAUGACACACCUGCAUGUGAAGUCAACUGAACCAAAAGCCACCCCUCAGCCUCUCAAUCUGGUGUCCAGCGUCACGCUUUCCAAGACAGUAUCUGAGGCUUCUCCGCAGAGCUUACCUCAUACUCCCACCACCCCGACUGCACCCAUCACUCCCGUCACGCAGGGACCGUCGGUCAUCACUACCACGAGCAUGCACAACGUCGGGCCCAUCCGGAGGCGGUACUCGGAUAAAUACAACGUCCCCAUUUCUUCAGCAGAUAUUGCCCAGAACCAAGAAUUUUAUAAGAACGCAGAAGUUAGACCACCGUUCACGUAUGCAUCUUUAAUUAGACAGGCCAUCCUCGAAUCUCCAGAAAAACAGCUAACACUAAAUGAAAUCUACAACUGGUUCACGCGAAUGUUUGCUUACUUCAGGCGCAACGCGGCGACGUGGAAGAAUGCAGUGCGUCAUAAUCUUAGUCUUCACAAGUGUUUUGUGCGAGUAGAAAACGUUAAAGGGGCAGUAUGGACAGUGGAUGAACAAGAGUUCCAAAAACGAAGGCCACAAAAGAUCAGUGGUAACCCUUCUCUUAUUAAAAACAUACAGACCAGCCACACCUACUGCACACCUCUCAAUGCUGCUUUACAGGCUUCAAUGGCUGAGAACAGUAUACCUCUAUACACUACUGCUUCCAUGGGAAAUCCCACUCUGGGCAACCUAGCCAACGUGAUGAGGGAAGAGCUUAAUGGUGCAAUGGAGCAUACGAACAGUAAUGGGAGUGACAGUAGUCCAGGACGUUCCCCUAUGCAAGCAAUGCACCCCGUGCAUGUCAAAGAAGAACCGCUAGAUCCAGAUGAAAAUGAAGGCCCGCUCUCCUUAGUGACAACAGCCAACCACAGUCCAGAUUUCGAUCACGACAGAGAUUAUGAAGACGAACCUGUAAAUGAGGACAUAGAAUGAGUAUGUCUGACAUCAUCAUCCUGAGAAUGAAGAUGGGAAGAACACGUCAAACCUAGCUGUGAAAUCUCUCCAUUGUUGUACAGUCUGGAGGAUUCUCAGUCCGCUUUGACAACUAUGAAAUAUGUUAACUCUUAGUGCCAUCAAGUAUCCCAUUUGGGAGUAUUUUUGAUUUUUCUACUUUUUGUUGAAAAAAGGAAUUUGUACUCUGUGCAUUGGAUGGACUUGUUUGGUACUUGGGAUUUUCCUCUCUUACAGUCAACGUCAGUGUUGUAAAUUUGCUAAACUGAUUCACUUACAUUUAGCAGCCAACUGUGGACUGCAGGUCCUGCCAAUUUUGGACACUUGAGGACAUCAAACUGAGCAUGUACACCAGAACUGCAGAUCAAGUCUUUGCCCAGAUUUUAAGGAUUCCAAUGGACAACAUAUUUGCACAGUACUGCAUGUUGAUUAUCACUGCCUUUACUCCAUUUUGUUGUUUUUCGGUUUGUUUUUUUUUGUUGUUGUUCUUUUUUUUUUUUUUUUUGCUUCCAUUUGGGAUGGGGAAGGCCUGUGUGUGCACGUGUGUGGAUCUGUGUGUGUGUGCGUGUGAGCGUGUCUAUCGGGGAGGGGUUAAAAGAAAAAAUUAUCCCAAACUUUUUAAUGUAUUGCUUUUGUUCCCCCGCCCCACUUCUCCUCUACCAUUUUAAGUUCUGACCUCAGGCCUCAUCUGGGCCCAGGGCCUCUCGGAGGCUUCAACGUUUUCUGUACUUUGUGAUGAAUGUUAAUAGGUGUUUUUAUUAUACGAAGCUGAAUGUCAUUGAAUUGUUUGUAGUUUUUUCUGUCAUUCAUUCCAGUUUCCUUCAGAUGCCACCAUGUUUUCUUUAGCUGUGGAAAACAUUCCAUUUCGGUGUCUCUAUUUUUGUUGUUGUUUAUUGAAAAGGUCCCAAAUGCUGCACUAUACAUGUGGAAGGGUUGUCCAGCGGAGAGAGAGAAACGAAGUACUGCAAGAAUGAGAAUGAAUGACAGAUGAACAUAGAAACACUGUAGGAAGCAACACAGAUUCAUUCCGCAAAGCAGUAUUUUUUGUUGUUGUUGUUUUGGGUUGUUUUUUUGGGUUUUUUUGGUUUCUUUUUUUUUGAGAUUUCUUUUUUGGCAGCAAUGGUGAAUAUUAGCAAAUGCCACAAAAUGGAACAGCACAAAGAAACGUAUGCAGCACCAACAGAAUUCACUUUUAUUAGAGGAUGGAUAGUACAGUGGCAGGCUCUCGGUUGUUUAACACGAGUUCUAAUGGGUCAACAAAUCUUUCUGGAAUAUCUAAGAUUACUGAGAUGGGCACCUAUACAUUUAUUAUGACUUUUUUUUUUUUCUUUUUGCAUUUGCAUUCGCAAAUAGUGGUUGGAAAGAUGACUUCAUUAAAUUGUUAUUGUACGUGGCGAUGUUUCACGGUUAAACAUCAGUUCAGGAUUGCUUGGUGGCAUUAAUCUGUUUGAAUACAAAUUAGAUUUCAGAUUGAACUUGUUACGGGAGUUAAUAAGGACAGAGCUCCACUAAUGCUAAAGUGUUAAUUUCAACUGUGCAAAUCCAGGACUGCGGUUACGAUUGUUAUGCAAUAUUACACCAGCCAGUAUGGAAACCUCGCCGUAGGAAAUGGGAAAUAUAGGAGAGAAUUCGCACCGGGGCUUUUUAGGCACGACUGGCAAUGCUCUUCAAAGCAAACAUGACAUGCAAAAUUUGUUGCUAUAGGUCAGUAAACCUUGGUCACCAAACACCUAAACGUUUUCAUUCUGCAACCACUUUUCUGUCACUCAUUUAUUUAUGUAGGACUGUAGCUUUUUUAUUAUUUCAAAAAGCCUUUCGGAGCUUAAUUUAUAUUCUUCUUUGUACCUUUUUUUUUUUUUUUUUCCUAAAAUUACCAAAGAUAUUACACAAAGGUAAAUUAUGUUCUCUGUUAUAUGCUUUAUCUUGUGAAGCCAAAUAUCCUCUUAUUGUUGAUCAAAGGAGGUUGAAGAAUUUAGAGGGAAAUGACAAGCUGUGGGCUAUUGCUAACCUGAGAGGGAAACUGCUCCUUUAUUCUAGAACAUUUAGAAGGCCAAGUAGAUGUCUGAACCAAAGUUGUUACUUUUUAUUUGUAAUUCUUUACAGUGACCAAAAUGAAAUUCUGUAAAGAGGAACAGAGGAGAGCUUUUGAGGCUAAAACCAGGAAACAGUGUUACUGGGGACGUUAGGGAUGGGGGCUGAGAAAGCAAAGACGCAGUUAUUCUGCAGAGAAUGAGAGUAUCAGAUAGAGGAGACGGUUUAAUAACAUGCAGAAGAGAACAGAAAAGCUCCCACAAUUUAACUGGACCACAUAAUAGUAUUUCUAGGAUGAAAAAGGAAAAAGAAAAAUAAUAACUAAUUUGGUCUUUGGUUCUACAGAUUGUGUGCCACUUCUGUUUCGGGAUCGUGCUAGGAUGACUGCUUUCAUUUUGGUUGAUCUUGGCAAAUUUGCUCAGUUUUGUUUAGUUUUCGGUCAGCAUUUUUCAUAAAGAAAGAACACUCCUGUCCACUCAUAAGCUUUGGUACAAGAAAUUUUAUUGGCAGUUACUUUUAUAAAACUCAGCUCUGCUUUCUGUUAGGAAAAAAAAAAUAAAAAGAAAGAAAAAAAAAAAAGAAAUGGGGGGGGGGAAAAAAAGAAAAAGAAAAAAAAAAAAAAAAAGGGCAGUCUGUGGUCAUUUGAAACAUUUAUUUUUCUUUAAAUUAUCUCCAGGCAGCUUCGUGCCGUGCCGGCGGUAGCCAGACAGGGAUGGCGAGAAUUGAGCCCUGUCCUUCUAAACUGAGUGGUUUGCUGGUUAGUUGGGUAUUCAGAAGGGGACAGAAAUCCGGUAGAUUAGUUCAUUCUCAGCAUGUGUAGCUAGACAUGAGUAAAGAUAACAGCAUGAGAAACUGUUAGUACGCAUACCUCAGUCCGAACUGUUAGGGAAUGAGUAAAUAAAAAAUACAUUUCACUCAGUUGCACUUAGUUGUAUGUCUUGCAUGCUUAGUCUAAAGACUGUAGCAAAAAUAUUUAAAAAAAGAAAAAAGGAAAAAAAAAAGAGAAAAAAAAAGAAAGAAAAGAUUAGAUUUUAACCUAUCUGGCAGGUGUCGCAGCCUUGCAGAAGAACCAACUGAAAAUCUCAGGCUUUACAUCGAGCAAACUUCACUAUGAUUUUUACAAUUCCGAAUCUGUAUCCCUUUGGAUAUACAGUUGCUUCUUUAGGGAGGGGUUUAUUAUGUUGUACAUAUAUAUCCCACUGUGUCUGUGUGAGCCUUUGUCUUGGGGGGGUGGGGAGGGCGGAAAAGGUGGCAAGGUCCUUUUUUUUAGAUACUGUUCCUCAAAAGGAAUAAAUGCAGACCUGUUUGUCAAAACACCUUUUGCUUUUUGUGCAACUGCUUUAUAUUAACUAUACUAAAAAAAAAAAAUAGCUUUGAAAAAAAAAAAAAACUACUGUAUGUAAUGGAAUUGCAGAAUACGCUGCACAUGUAUUUUAUUUAGUUAUCCUUGCUUUAAGAAUAUUGGAUGACAUUUGCUGACAUGUGGGAGAAAAUCCCUGACUUUUUUUUUUUUUUUCCAGCUUUUAAAUUGUAACAUAGUUGACAGAUUUUUUGUUUUGUUUUCUCUCUCUUGUUAUCAUGGAUCGAAGCAUUUUUGUACAGUUUUUGUGUUGAAGCUGUUUUUUGGUUCAUUUCGUUUUGGGUUUGUUUGUUUUGAUACUUUCCCACCCCUUCUCUUAUCUUACCACUGCCUUUUCUGGCUGUCUCCAACAAAGUUCAUAUAUUUGAAAGGUAAAAAAAAAAAAAAAAAAAAAAAAAAAAAAUCAUUAAAAAAGAAAAAAAAGAAAGAAAAAAAAAAAGUUUUUCUCCUGCUGCAGUAAAUAUUUUGCAUGAUGAGUUCCAGGGUCACACUUUCAAAGUUUAUCAGUGAAGUAGUGAUGAAUAACGGGGGAGUGUCAAACUAUUGAACUUUUUUUGUAUAAAAACAAACAAAAAAACUUUACAAGGUGCCAAGAUGUAAAGACAAUUUGUUACAUGUUUUUUUUCUCAAAGAAAAGCGUACAUUAUGAAAGUAGUACCAUGUAUCAGGUAAAUCGCUGUCAGGAAUGAGAGUCAAAGCCUUCCUUGUCCACAAAACCAAGUUUGUAAAUGUAAAACCUGUCAGGUUUCUGCAUUCGACCAGAAGUGAAAUGAAAAAUCAAGGCUUAUGUAGAGUAAGUGACCACAAAAAGAGGACCUUUUUUUGAUUCUCACUCGCAAGAGUCCGGCAAGAGUUCCUGGAAUGCCCCAAUUCUGGAGCCCCGACUUCAGGAAGAGAGCGGGGCGGGGGUUCUCAUCCUACAAAUAUUGCAGAUCAUCAGAUAUUUUAUAUAUAUACAUACAUAAAUAUAUAUAUAUAUAAAGUUUUUAAAAAUAAUUUUGAACUAUUGUAGUUUUCAGAUUGCCAAUAUUCUCACGUUCAUUAUAGCAUGGGAAAAAAAAAAAAGAAAAGCGUUUAAACUCUUUUGAAAUCCUUUGGUACCUUUGGUUAAUGAACUCAGAUUGAGUUUUUAGGUGUUUCAGAAGCAAUUUAGUAUUCUAGUCUUGCGAGGUGAACUUGCAGUCACGACUGCAUUUUAACGGACCCAGAACAGGUAACAAACUAUCUUCUACCCAUAAGCCUUGAUGAAAAUGGUACAGUCCAGACUGUUAGCAUGGUGCUUCGUGUGUAUGUGCUGCCAGUAACAAGAUUUUUUUUUUUUUUUUUUGAUAAGGCAUAAAAGAAACUCAUUCCUUACAUCAACUGUAAUUCCAUCAUUCCAUGUCUGUUGAUACAGACAAUAAAAAAUGUUGUGUAGUCAGUACUAAUUACUGACAUUAUAGCAUUCUCAAAUGCAAUAAAAAUGCUGGUUGUUCACACUGGUAA